AUGAGUUUAAUCAAUAGAAUUUUGUCCAUAUGUAAAACAUAUGCAUAUAUGCAACCAAUAUUAAUCAAUAAUGCCAUUGACCUUUUAAAAUAUGGUGCUACUGGUGAACUUUUAUGUCAAAAUAUCAGAAAUGAAUGGUUAUAUAGCAAUGUUACUAGUAGAGAUGAAAAUGUCUUUCAAUUUUAUAAUACAGGCCAGAAAACAUGUAACAACGAUAUUCUAAGUAAGUACUUAUUAAUAUUAAUUUAUAAUAAAUAAUACUAUUCACACUUAUUUCCAAGGUCUAAAAGAAUCAUUUACAAACGCUAAACAAUUUUGCAAUAACCAACUCCCAUUUAGUUUUGCUGAUUCUAGAAGUCUCUGUCAACAAGAAAAUUUAAAAUGUUUGGAUGUUGAAGAAAAAAAAUUGUUUAGGUAGGUUAUAAUAUAUAUAUAUAUAUAUACAAUAUCCAAAACUGUGAAGUUAUAUUUUUCAUUAUAGUACCAAUUUAAAACAUACAGUUUGUCGAUUAUUAAGUCAGAAUGCCUGCUUUCUUUUUUAUUCUAAUCUUAAAAAUUAUAUAAAUAUGACAAACUUAAAGCAAUUAUGUUAAAUUCUGAAAUUUAAUAAUUUGAUUUAUAUUAUUUUCAUAAUGUGUGUAGACUGUAGAGUGUAUACUGUGUAGAGGUAGAUCAUUAAACAGAAGAUAGAUUUUGAAAGGAGUUUAUUUGAUUGGUUUCCAUACUUAGGCAUUUACAUUUAUAUGCUAUUUUAUUCUUAAAAUAAUGAUCUAUUUAUAAAUUAAUUUUCCAAUAAAUUAUUUUAUAAACAUUUUAUUUCUCUAAUAAUAAUUUUUUCAGUUCAUUAAAUUAGUCAAAAGUUAAAAAUUCUAUGUCUUAAAAUCAUGUUAAUGCUAAUGCAUUAUUAAUGAACUGAGCCUUGUUUUCAUUUGAUGUUUAACAUUCUCCUAUUCUUUUGAAAUAAAAGGAGACAACACAGCAGACAUGUUAAAUUGUUAAUUACCUACAGUAAGAAUAUCUUAAAUUAUAAAAAUUAGAACAGGAAAUAUAGUUUGUAGACUCAUACUUAGUGAAAAAGUUUGGAAUAUUAUGAAGAGUUGUAAGUUUAUUUAAUGAAUCUACAUUUAUACACAUGUAUAAAUAUUAUUGGCUUGUUAAUUAUUGUUGAAUAGGAUGGUAAUUAUUUGUCCUCGUUUUUAUUUUUUGUUGUUUUAUAGUUAAAACAUUUAUAGUUUCAUUAUAAUUGGUUUAAAAUAUAUCUUAUUUAUAUAGCCCAAGAAAUUAUACAAGAUUAAAAUAUAUUGCAUUUUGUAUACCAGAAGAAAACCAACAAUACUUCUAUCAUUGGCAGAGACAGCGGAAAAUUUGGUGGAGAAAAGUAAGAAUAAUGCUUGAUUAUAAGUAGAGGUUGAGUUUUUUAUUGGGUAUCCAAAUUUAAGUGACUUAAGUUGUACAUAAAUGAAUGCGUUAAGUUUCAGGGGGAAAUUGUAUGCUAAAAUGUGUAUUUUUUUUUUUAUUAAAAUAUUAAAAACAAAAUAUUUAAUAUACAUUAAAAUUAAAUUUGUUACAGAAUUGAUUAACAUAACUCAUGUAAGCAUAGGCAGCUUGUGUUGGAGAUAAGGAGCUAUGAUUACUACUAAAUAUAUAUAUAUAAUAAAUAAGAAAAUAGUGUAAAUAUAUUUCAAUUAAAAAAUAAAAAAAAAAAAUAAAUUUAAAUUUCAAAUACACCUUGAAACAACUCUAGAAAUAUAUAAACUAGCUUAUUUUCUAAAUAACAAUGUUAAAGGCAAAUAAAUAAAUAAAAACAAAUCAAAAAUAUAUGCUAUAGGUAUAGGUACAAUAAAUAAAAAAUAAUAAAAUAAAUUGGGUUAUAUUACCGUAGUUCCUUGUCUUAUUCAAAGAAUAAAUAUUUGUAUGUUAAAUCUUUAAUAUUUAAAAUUUAUCUACCAAGUAUUUUUUUUUAAAAAGUCAUAGGGCAUAAAGUUGAAAGGAGUUGGACCCUGAUAGUCUACAAAAAUGUCAGGGUACUUAUUCCUGUAAAGUUAUGGUUCAUUCAAAUAUGUAAUUCAUAACCUAUAUUUUAUUAUAAUAUUAUGUUUUUUCAGUUCUCAGCUAAUCCUGGUAGGUUUUCAUUAACCGAAAUAUGUACUGAUGAUAAUGGAUUAGAGAGCACAGAAAUCCGAGCCGAAUUUCCUUGGGGUCAAGAAACAAUCGAAACCAUACAUAAUGUCAAUACCAAGAUGUUUGAUAACCUUGAUCUGGUGGAACAAGAAACAUUUUUAGUAAGUGCACCUAACUAUUAAUUUCUACACUGUACUUAACAUAAUAAGACAUACAUACAAAUUUUCCAGAAUUACUGAACAUUAUAUACUCUCCUUAAAUGGCUUAAACAGUACCUAUAGUUAUAUAUUAUUAUUUUUAAAUAUACUUUACAGGUUAAAUUAAUUUUUUCAAAACUUAUAUUCAGUGUUCAAAUUAAGGGCGGGCGCACAACUAUUAUAGUCAUAAGCAGGAGACACAAUAUAGAAAUACUGAAAACUGACUUGAGAAAACUUAUAGUAUCAUUUUUUUUAACAGAAAUAACUUCUUAUUUAAAACGUCAUAAUAUACAGGCUGUCUCAAUGUACUCCUUGAAUAUUUCUAGAGAUAAUCAAAUUCUGUUUUUUUAUUUUUAUGUAUAACUUAUAAGGAUGAGGAUUCUAAAUAUUUAUAUUUGUAUUACAUUUUUUUUUUUUUUUUAAUAAAAAAUAACUCAAUUUUAUUUUUUUCGGAAAAUUUUAAGAUAACCAUUUUGUAGUGUUUUUUUCUGAAAAUUUUAAUGUAUUUACAUAUAUAUUUAAUAAAUAGUUUCUAAGUAACAGCUCUUUUAAAUUAUACCAAUCCAUGUGAAAAAUGAUGUUAUCUAGGGAAUAACCUAACCACAUUACGUUAUAACAUUGGUUUUCACACGGAUUAGUAGAAUUUAAAAGGGCUGUUACUUAGAAACUAGUUAUCGGUAUAGUCUGUAUUAUGUUCAAUUCACCCAUUCAAUUAUACUAUAACUAUAGGCAGUACAAUAAAUACAGGGUGAUUAUUUUAUCAUGGAACACUCAUUCUUUUGUAAAGUAUAGACUUUAAAAAAAAAAAAUAUGUUUUUACAAUUUGAGAAAGAAACAGAUCUUAAAUGUUACAUCAUCUUAAUUUUUGGGGAUGAAAUGACUAUCAACUUUUGAUUUUCAAAUGAUUUCUUAUAUUAAACGUUGGUAUAAAUGGUGGUAUAAAUUUUUUGAUUUCUGUUAAUUUACGAAAAAUUCCACUAUUAAACUCGGGUAGAGGAAAAAUAGUAGAGUAUCAUUAGUAUAGUGGCACAGCAUGCAGUGUUUAAAUAAUAUAAGUGCAUAGGAGGCAACUAUGUAUAUCAAAAUGCCAUGGAAACAGUACAUGCAACAAUAAGUAGAAGAAAAAAAAAUAUAUAAUCUCUAAUAUAUUAUAAUAAUAAUCUGAUUUAAUCUAAUAAAACAUCAUAGUAUAUACAUAUAUUAAUUAAUUAUAUACUAGGUAAUCAGUGAAUAAUGUCUAUUUUGCCCACCAUAUGAUUGACAUUCGAGCAUUGUAAAAACGUCCAAAUUGUAUAUAUUGCCCAUAAUAUACACAUAAUUUAUUAUAAAUUCCUCAGAAUCUAGAAACAUUAGGCUAUUUGAAUUUGUAUAUAACUAUAUUUAUAUAGUCGAACAGGUACAACAUGUACCUGUACGACUAGUGCUUAUUGAUGGCUAUUAUUAAUUGUAAUAAUAAUACUAUAUUGUUUUUUAUCAUAGGCAAGAGUAGGAAAACGAAAAGUGUUACCCCACUUAGUGGUAAGUGAAACCAGUCUUGAGAAAGCGUUCAUGGUAUUCCUGUGUGAUGGAUAUGCUGAAUUACCAUAUCACAAUGAUAUUAGGGAAGUGUUUCGGUUUCAUCGAAAAUUAGCUCCUUAUAAGAUAAUGUUUGCUGCGCCACUAUCAAGUCAGCCAUUUUACAUAUCAUAAUUGUUCUAAUAAUAUUACUAUACUAUAGUACCUACUUAUAAAGUACCUAUACUCUAUCUCACGAAAGAAGGGUACCGUGUUUUAAUGAAAACCGGUUAGUGAUGCGCAUCCUUUCAUGCCGCUCCUCGUUUAGACCUCGCUUCUACUCUGUAAAAUUUGAUGGUGGUGGUGUGGAGGGAGCUCUGUCGGCAUGCGCAAAACUGUACCUUUCUUUUAUAAGAUAGACUAUACCUAUAUAUUUUUAUUUAAUUAAAUAAUAACAUUGAUUGCAGAUGCUAAAAAAGCUGAUGAGCUAAAACAACUCUCCGUGUACUUAGGGCAGAGUUUAAAAAAAUCUGGCGUGUCCACUUUGAUAUCUCCAAAUUUGGCAAAAAAGUCCCUGGAGUCACAGUUUGUGGAUUCUGACUGUCUUGGUGUACCUUAUACAGCUGUGCUUAACGAGACCACCUUGGAAAAUGGUAUUUUAGGACUGCGGAGUAUUGAAACCACUCUCGAGGUAACAUUCCUCUUAUAAUAUUGUGUUUUAAUACAAACAGCAAAGUGAUAAUUUAUAAUUUUAAAAACGAGUCCACAAUAUUUUUAGUGAUCAUAUUACUAUAUUUUUAUUUCAAAAUAUUCAUGUCUUAUUAAACCAAUUAUCAACAUUAGAUAAUUGCUAAUAUAUGAUAACAUUAAAAUUAUUUGUUUUCAGGAAAAAAUUCAUGUGGCAAAUUUGACUUCUCACAUUGAACUUCUAAUAAAAAAUUACUGA